AUGCGGGUUGCUUUGUUCUUUGCUGCACUAUUAUUGCAUGGGAUCACUGCGGAUGAGAAUGUCAAGUUUGAUAUUGUGUUUUUGAUUGAUAGCUCAAAAUCAGCGGAGCCGUAUUAUGAUUUGUUUACUGAAUUUGCUCGAGAGAUCAUGUGGGCUUUUGAUGUAAGUUCAGAAACUGCCCGCAUUGGAUUGGCUGUUGUAAAUGGUGAUCAAAAUGAGCAACCUCCGCCUGUGGCAACUUUAAACGAUAUCACUUCUCACACUAAUUUUCAUUCGAAAUUGGAAUUGCUGAAAGAUAACUAUGCUGACUUCCAUCAUAGCGGUCAACUUCUUGCUCAGAACCUUGAUGUUAUCUGCGAUAAUAGUGGAUACUCCUCAACAAAAGAAGGAUUCAAUGUUGACCCUGUACCUUUCGUACAAAAUAUGCUUGCUAGAAAGCAGUACGGCAUGAUUACAGUUGGAUAUGGCGAUGGUCUGGAUUUUCACAAACUGAAGAACUUGGCUGGAGGGGCUUCGUGUGCUUUCAGUGCAAAAAAUCCGACUGAACUGAACUCAUUAAUCAAACCAAUUCAGCGUCUAAUAAUGACAUCAGAUGCAACUGGUGGAGUCUACUGUAUCCCGAAAUAA